GCAAUCCUCAUUUUCACGAUCCAAUUACGACAAAUUCGAACGCGCGAUGGAGUGGAAGCAGUUUAAGAACUUCAACUUCGUCGGAAAUGGAGUAACGACUUAACAGUUUUUUAUCAAUACCGUCGAUCGUUGUUCACUCUUGAUUCACACGGAUAAUUACUCUCAAAUCUCUAGUGGUUUCACAUCUUCAAGCACCCAACCAAAUUUGGAGCUGAAAUGGAGGAAUCGAAAGCAGCGGCGUAUUACGAUGAGCUCACUCGUAAAGGAGAAGGAGCAGCAAGGUUCAAACGAGGUCUCGGUUUUUCCGCCUCCGACUCCAACAGUGACGUGGUCUCCGCGUCCAAGGGCUCCGCACUGCCGUCGUCGUCUUCCUUUCUCAGCUCUUUUGUUAAAGCCUCUAGCCCUUCCAAGCCCUCCGAGUUCGAAAAACAAGCUCAGCUCGAGGCUAUUCAGAACAAGCUCAAGAAGAAGAAACCAAGCUCCCCCGAUAGACAAGAGAGGCGCUCUAGGGAUUUGGAGAGAGAUAGAAGGAAAUCGAGCCCUAGACGAAGGUCUUUGAGUAAAGAGAGGGAGAGACAUUCGCACUCGAGGAGGCGGAGUUCGAGUAGAGAUAGGGAGAGACAUUCGAGGCGGCGAAGUAGGAGUCGAGAUAGGUAUGGGGAUAAGUAUAGGGAUAAGGAUAGAGAGAGGAGUAGUAGGAGAAGAAGUAGGUCUAGGAGUGAUUCAGAUAGAGACCGGCGGCGUCGACGGAGUAGAAGCUUGUCGGUAGAGAGGAAGAGGUCGGACGACGAUGGUAGCAAAGGAGGGGGAAAACAGAAAGGCCGUAAAGUUGAAAGACAGAAGACUGAAGGUGUUGAUUAUUCAAGAUUGAUUGAAGGAUAUGACAUGAUGUCUCCCGCUGAAAGAGUCAAAGCGAAGAUGAAACUACAACUUGCUGAAACUGCCAGAAUGGAUGAUACAAAAGGCACAGGCCCAGGUUGGGAAAGGUUUGAGUUUGACAAGGAUGCUCCGCUUGAUGAUGAAGAAAUUGAAGCUGCAGAAGAUGAUGCAACAUUAGUAAAGCAUAUUGGACAAAGCUUUCGAUUUUCUGCAAUUGAGGCUAGGAAAGAGGAGCAAAUCAAAGCUGCACAUGACGAGGCCAUGUUUGGAGCACCAGUGCGUCAAUUAUUAAGUACAACCGAUGAUGAGGACAAGGUCGAGGCCGAGAAUGAAAGGGUGAAGGAGUCAUGUGAUAGUGGUAUGGCAACAAAUCUAUUGAGUGAGAAGAUAAUUGCAAAACAACAAGGUUCUUGGCGUGACCGUGCUCGUAAAGCUUAGGUCAAACAAGCUCAUAUUUGCAUUUGAAUCCCUUCUAGAAUUGUGGUUAUGUCCAAUGGUAAGCACUCGUACUAAACAGAGUCAAUAUAGCUCCAAUCUUCAUUCUUUUGUCAUCCAACAUCCCAUGAAAUUCUUCAAUUCACUUCAACAAAUGCAUUGAUGGUACCUCUCCAAUAAACACAUGCAAAUUGUGAAUCUCCCAAAAUUGCUACAAUUAAUAUAUAGAUACAUAUAUAGCUUUGUAAUCUAUGUAAAGUGAUCUAUGAUGUCCUAAUUAUUCAUGUCACAUAAGAAAGAAGUCAAAUUUUGACUCGUUACAUUAUUCCAAAGAUCUUUAGGGAACUUGUACUUUUGAACUCAGAUGAAUUUUGUUUCAACCUCUUUGAGCAAAAAGGGAUACCUAAUAAGGUAAAAAAAUACCAGAUUAAUCAAAA